AUGUCUCGCACCUUUCCUGCACUGCGUCGAAUUCAACAGAUUUCGCAGUUUAUCACUCAACCCAGAUCAAUUACUCCCUACAGAAGCUCCAUCGUCUCCGCACACCUCCUCCCCUCUUCAACACGCAGCAUGGCGACCGGCAAUGCUGAUAAGGUCACCGACUGGGUCAGUCGCAAUGACAAGUCGGGAGAGUUCAAACGCCAGAAUUCGGCCUUCCGCAAUUGGAUUUCCAGGAAACCAGGCGCACAAUUCCCCCCGGAAAAGGGCCGCUAUCAUCUCUAUGUCUCAUAUGCUUGUCCAUGGGCGCACCGCACCUUGAUCACCCGGAAGCUCAAGGGUCUGGAAGAUAUCAUUUCGUUCACAUCUGUGCAUUGGCAUUUGGGCGAGAAAGGCUGGCGCUUCGCAACCCCGGACGAGAAACUGCCCGGAGAGAAUACCACCCCAGACCCAUUGCACUCGGAUGUCACCCAUCUCCGGGACAUCUACUUCGCCAAUGACCCAGACUACACGGGCCGAUUCACCGUUCCAGUACUCUACGACAAAAAGACCCAAAAGAUCGUCAGCAAUGAGAGCGCCGAAAUAAUCCGUAUGCUCUACUACGAAUUCGACGACCUGCUCCCCUCCCCCAAUAAACAACUCGACCUCUAUCCGCAAUCCCUCCGCUCCGAAAUCGACACCUCAAACGACUGGAUCUACAACGACGUCAACAACGGCGUCUACAAGUCCGGCUUCGCAACCACUCAAGAAGCCUACCAGAAGGCCGUCACAACGCUCUUCUCCUCCCUCGACAAGAUUGAAGCCCACCUCCAGAGCAUCGCCUCGCCGUUCUUCUUCGGCUCGGUGCUCACCGAAGCGGAUAUCAGGCUCUUCACGACAAUCGUCCGCUUUGACCCCGUCUACGUGCAGCACUUUAAGUGCAACAUUCGGGACAUUCGGUCUGGAUAUCCCGCCAUUCAUCGCUGGUUGAGGCAUUUGUAUUGGGAGAUUCCGGCGUUCCGGGAGACGACAGAGUUUGAGCAUAUUAAGUUUCAUUAUACGAAAAGUCAUACGCAAAUUAAUCAGUUUGCGAUCACGCCUGUUGGGCCGGUGCCGGAUAUUCUGCCCAAGGAUGAGGAGGUCAGGGCUGUUGCUGCUAUGAAGAAAUGA